CUUGAAACCAGCGGGCAAUCGAUCAAUCAAUCCCGCGCCUCAAAUUUAUCAUGAAGCCAGCGAUUUUGAGGUCUAAUAAUAAAUCGCAAUCGUGAAUUCAGCGAGCAGGAGCAUUUCCCAGCGGGACGAGACGGGAGUUGCGCGCCCAGAUUGUCUUCACACGUCAAUCUGUUAGUCGCCUGACACCGCCGUGCAUCUUCUCUGAUCACCCAUUAUAGCCGCCUAUACUGCUCGUGUGCACACCUGUCUCGAAUACCCUUCACAGCUUAAGCGUUGUUCUUCACGACUUCUCUGCCAUACCGUUCCGCUGGAGAGUCCUCCGUACUCAGUCAGGGCGAAGUUAGAAUUCUGAACAUCCAAGAGCUCAAGGUUCUCUCUGGCAUUAAUUCUUAACUCUUCCGCCGCGAGGAAUCUCGAAGUGUCAACUCCAGACGCCCCUUUUCCUGACUCUGGUCACCUCCGUUUCCCACACACAGCCCUCCACUUCCUCCAUUCUUUCAUCUCCACCGAUCCUUCUCCUGCCGAAUGACGCGCAGACUCUUUAAAUCUCUAUCGCUCCUCGCUCCCGGAUCCAAUUGCGGCCUUUCAGGCGGCUCCCAGCGCCUCUGUUAACCGCACAGCACCAUGCAAUCUCCCGCGUCCCGCAUCAACUCUCCUCGCACCUCGCGCCGUAAACCCACCCCUACCAGCGCCACCAGCCUGGAUUCUCCUAAGCUCGCGCUAGACUCUCCUCCACCCACCCUCUCCCCGUGCUCCUCACCCGCCUCCUGCUCCUCUUGCUCGUCCACGGCUCCGCGGGUGAGCCGGGGUAGGCCCCUGUGGCGCCGGGUGCCUAGUGACUUGUCCCUCUCGCAUGCGGAUCACCAGAACGACCCGAGCCACGCUCCUCCGUCAACGCUCCAGUCAACGCUCCAGUCAACGCUUCACCAGUCAACGCCACCCCAGUCAACAUCACAGUCAACGCAUGCGACAAACCGGAGUCCCAUGUCAGCGUCUGGCAGCCUAGGCGAUUCUUCCCACUCUCCGCGCGCCUCGCCUUCUCCUGUCCAAUCGCCGUCGCCGCGCCUCCCCAGCAGCAGCACCACCCGCGCACACCAAGACUCCGCCACACACGCUGACUCCGCCCACCAAACCCUCGGUCUCCUCCCCCCUUGCCCCACCUGUGCCGCCACUGGCCCCUGCCGCUGCCGCGCCGCCGCCGCCACCGCCGCCGCGGCAGCAGCAGCCGCCGCCGCAGCUGCCGCUGCUGCCUCCGCCAGUUCCUCCUACGCUCUUAACGCGUAUGGCGCAUUCGCAGCAACGGGCCUGCCUCCGGGCAAGGUCUUUAUUCUGCCUAAGAAGCUCGGCGGGAGGGGACCCGGGACGGGUCGUCGGGCGUGCGGAUGUCCCGCACGAAUGUGCAAGUGCGGCGCAUUCCCCCCCAAGCCGCCGCAUGCGAAGAAACCCAAGGGGAAGGGCCCGGGCACGGGGCGCAGGGCCUGCGGUUGCCCUUCCAGGCGCUGCGUUUGCGGCGCCGCCGCUUUAGUAGCCCUGCCGUUCAUGCACGUUCCCGGUAUGGCGAUGGGGUCUUUAAAGCCCGAGGCUCAGCUGAUGGUGCAGCAGCUUGCCAAGUCCGCGCUUGCGCACCAGGCGGGCCUUCCCGCUCACGCCGCCGCCGCCGCAGCUGCCGCCGCCGCUGCAGCCGCCGCCGCUGGCUCCGCUUCCCCUGAUGCUAAUCUGGUCAUCCCUGGUGUUGCGAGGGGCGGUUCCGCCACGGCAGCAACCGCAGUUGCCGGCGCUGAUUACGCCGCUCUUUGCGGCGCUAACUGCGGCACUGCGCGCCGAGCGGGGCAGGCGGGAAGCUCCGCUUGGGAGGGAUCUUCGCAUCCUGCUCAUGCGAGCGAACUGGCCGAGACCAGUCGGUCGCACAGCCAGUCGCAGUCGCAGAGCCAGUCGCGUAGUCGGUCGCACAGCCGUUCGCACAGCCGUUCGCACAGCCGGUCGCGCAGCCAGUCGCAGGACAGCGAAGGCGACGCAGGCCGGGGGAAACACGCAGCAUCGCAAGGCCAUACUGCUGUCGCCGAAUUCGCUACUGCUGGUGCUGCAGCUGCUGGUGGUGCUGCAGGAGUGUGCGAUUCGUUCGAGGUGUCGAGCUUUAAGAAGGGAUUUGUGGUGGAGAGCGCGGGGGUGAAGCGCAAGAGGAGGAGCCCGAGGAAGGUGUCGUGCGCCGGGGAGAUCGCGAGAAUUAAGGCCAUGGUCAUGCGCGAGCUGGCGACGAUCCGCAAGAUGCGGGCGAGCGAGAAGGAGCCUGCGUGCUGUGACGCAUCGGAUGAUGAGGAUGAUGGGAAGAACGAGAAUGAGCAAGACAAUACGUUUGACAGCUCGCGGCUCUCAGGCGCCAAGACAGCGGGAAAAGCGGCGGUUCACGCGGCGCUGGUUGCGCGGGAGCUGAUGGAGAAGCUCGCUCUCUACUGCAGAGCGCGCAACCAUUGCGGUGAAGAGAAAUCUGCAGAGCCCACCCACAUCCACAGGCGCAGCCACAGCUUUAAACAAGAUCGAACUGAGGAAGAGGAGAAUAGAAAGGAGGAGGAGGAGGAGGAGGAGGAGGAGGUGAAAGUUAAGCAUGCGCACAACAGCUCGAGCAGUUCUCUCUCGUCGUCUUCUAAAGCAGACUUCCAGGGCUGGUCUAUGCGCUGCAAGCACAAGGCUGCUGCUGCUGCCACAUUAGCCUCGGCAUCAGCAGAGACAGCAGGAGUCCCCCCCGAGCCGCUGCUGCUCUGCGCCGGAGUGUGCGGCCGCCACUUCCACAUGUCCUGCAUCCAACCACGCCACGUCAUCACGCCAUCCGGCCCCAGAUCCCCCCUGGCCCGCCGCCCACCCUCUCCCGCAUUGCUUUUUUCGGAAGACCCUGCUGCCGCGCCUGCCGGCCAUGCUGCUGCCUCUCCUACUGCCUCUCCUGCUCCGGCUGCUGCUGCUGCUGCUGCGGUGUCUGCUCCCGCUGGCGCAUGGCGGUGUCCGUCGUGUGAGGCAGUGCAGGAGUGUGCUGCGGCCGUUCGGGCUCUCCUGGCGGACACUGGCUUGUCCGGCGUCCACUCGCCACACAGGCGGUCGGAUUCAACGGCUGACGUGCAUUGCUUCGUCGUGGCCCAGAUUAAGGACGCUUUGCUGGCGACUCUCCACUGCCUGCCAUCUUCCCUGGGUGCCAACGUCGCUGCCAGCCGUCUUAUGCUGACAUCAGCACCAGCUGGAGCCACCCGAGCAAUCGUUACGGCAGGCAGAGGAGAGUUGGGUGGUGAGAGGGAGCUAAGUGGCGCGAGGACAACGACGACUUCAGCCGCGCUUCACAGCAGGGAGGAGGAGGAGGAGGAGGAGGAGGAGGAGGAGGAGGAGGAGGAGGAGGAGGAGGAGGAGGAGGAGGAGGAGGAGGGUAAUGGCAACGAGGUGGGGGAGCAAGAAGAUAAGGAUGGGGAUGAGGAUGAUGCUGGCAAGUGCUACGGGGAUUCCGACGCAGCUGUUGAUGGUGAUCACUAUGCUGAUGGCGAGGAUGCGGAGGACGAAGACGAAGACGAAGAUGACGAGAAGGAGAACGCGAAUGAGGAGGAGGAGGAUGUGAGGAGGGUGCGGCGACGAGUGGACAUGGCGGAAGCAGAAGAAGUCGAAGAGAACCAAGAGGACGACGAGAGUGAAGAGGGCGACGAGGGCGACGAGGGGGAGGACACUGGCGUUGAGAUGGGUGACGAAGGGGCGGACGGUAGUAUGGAGUGUGCAAAUGAUGCGCACCGGAAUAUCCAUGAAAGGCGCGAUCACUACACUGGUUGCAGUGCAAUGGAUGUGGACGCCUUCCCGUCCCCUUGCCUCGGAGGCACUUUUGCCAUGGGUCAGGCCAGCACCAUGUGCCACCUCACGCCAGCCAGCCACAUGCAAUCAACCGCCACCGCGCCCUCAGCCAUCCCCUCCCCGUCCUGGCUCUCCCUCAACGGCUCUCCCUUCAAGCCCCUCUCCUCGCUCUCGCUCCCCGCGUCUGCCGCGCCCAUGGGCUGCGACGCUGUCGCUGCACCUGCGCAGGCGGAUAGGAUGGGGGGUGAGCAGAGGGAGGAGGCGGAGGUGGUCGAGGGGGAUAAGUGUGAGCAGAGGGGAGGUGAGCUGCUGAGUCGCAGCCCAGAAUUCAAGGAGCAGAGCGGAACAUCAGCAGUAGCGACAGCUGCAGCAACAACAUCGGCAGUAGUGGCUGGCAGCAUCACGGCGCCCUGUGCGCCCUGUGCGCCCUGUGCGCCCUGUGCGCCCUGCACUCCUCAGCCCAGCACCGGCAUACAUGCUCCCAUGCUGCUGCACCGACGACCCACUCUCACCCCCACCAGCCGCAUCCUCCCUUCCCUUGUGGAAGAGAGCAAGUCAGGGAAGAGGGAUGAGGGCACAGAGAUGGAUGAAGGGGAGGCGCACUGGAAGACAGGAGGGGCAGUAAGGCAGGAGGGGGUUGUUGUGCGAUCCCCCAAGUCCCUUGCUGGUCCGGUGACCCCUCAGCAGGGUGCCCAUUCUCGCAGUAACCUCUCCUCCACUGCACUGUGCUCUCCCACGAAUGGAGCAGCCACGGCUAGGCCAGGGCCGACUGCCAGGAGCUUCGGGGUUCAGCUGCUGCGGCUGCCUCACAUCUCCCUCCCUGAUGUGCCUGCUGCUGCUGCUGGUAGUGGUGGUGGUGGUGGUGGUGGUGGUGGUGCCGGUACUCCUGUCGCCACACACCGGCCAAAUGGUUUGGAUUCAGCAUCUGCCGUUGGUUCUGUGGCUGUGGCUGCGGCUGCUACCUCCACCGUUCUUGGCUGCACACCGCUGCUUGCAAGUAAGCUCCUGCAGCGAAGCAAAGUGGAGGAGGUGGAGGAGGACGAGGAGGACAACGUACACAUGGAGGAGGAGGAGGGCAUUCAACCUGCAACAACACCCAGCAGCAGCAGCCCGUGCACGAGCAUUGGCAGUCCCCUGGCCCCUUCACCCAUGGGAGGCACUGGCGGCAGCGGCAGGAGGAAUAGACGGAAAGCAUUCAAGCCACGGAGCUCCGCACUUCCUGAGGAUCUGGACUGGUGUGCCCUCUAAGGCUCCUCAUGGGACCAACCAUGCCUCCAUACACCAUCAACCCGCUGCCGAUACUACCACACUUGGAACAGCACGUGGGCCCGAAUCUAGAGUCCCUGCUGUGUACUUCCCUUGAGAGCCGCCUUCAGCCAUUUGAGGGCUUCUUCUCUCAGUCAUCUCCAACCGACCCUGUCUCCCAGGCUAGAGAGACAAGGACACUAACAGGCCUUUCACUUGGGUGUCUGCUCUGCACAGACCCCAACCGCCACAUCUACACUGCUGGCCAGUCUGUCAGCCACAAUUGUACUGCUGAGCAGCCAACAGCCUUGAGAGUUGCGACUUACUCUUUCGCUCCCUGCCUGUGCUGCCAACAGCUUGUCACCUCACCUCGCAGCCAUGAGCUGCACUGCAGGCUCCGUUCUGCUGCUGCCAACGGGCCUAUACUGAGCUGGGGUAGCGUGCUCCUACUGCUGUAUGGUGCACUAAAUGGUGUGCCACAUGGCGUGUGCCCCCCCUCUCCUUCAUACGGCUGGCAAGCCCUACCUAACCGAGGUCAAUACCCUUUGCUUUGUUUUGUAAUUUAGCAUGUAAAAUGAUCGAUCACAACUUGGGUUUCCAUUGUUUUUUAUGCUUUGUUUCA